AUGGUGAAAAUUGUGUUUCUUUGUUUGUUGCCAUUUGUCCUUGGUGGUUAUCACGAAGAUAACUACGAAGAUAUUAAGAAAGAGAUGGAAGGAAUGGAACUCACAUGGGAGCACGGAAUCCAUGAGAAUUUCCGCAAACUGUCGAAAGAACAACUCAGAAAUAUGCUUGGAUCCAAACCGAAUGAAGAGGAAUACAAAGCAGCAGAGGCAGAGGCUAUUGAACUUGAAGAUGAAGACGAUAUACCAAAGGAAUUUGAUGCGCGUCAACAUUGGCCAUUCUGCAGUUCCAUUCGGCUGAUCCGUAACCAGGCAAACUGUGGCUCCUGCUGGGCAGUUUCGACAGCAUCAGUUAUGUCGGACAGGGUGUGCAUAGCGACUGGUGGUUAUAAGCAACCUUACAUAUCAGAUGAAAACAUUCUGUCGUGCUGCAAGUUUUGCGGCGGUGGGUAA